AUGUAUGUCAUCGUCAAUAUCAAGAAGUGGAAUAAGGCGAAGGAGAGUUCGCGUGGUUGCUACAUCGGGCUAAUUAUCGACUACUUUGUUCGCUCAAAAUAUCGUCAUAUCGACUUUAUCUUGUUCCUAUCGGUCCUUCACCCUUCGUCAGGCCGACCCCCAAAAGGGAGAUAUAGCACCUUGACGCACUUAGGCUGGACUACACUGAAGGGCGACACACGAUGGACCUUCCGCCUUCUGCAUCGCGUCAGAGGAAUUCUCGGGACAUUUGCAUCGGCUACAGACUUGUGCCUCGUGCUUGUGGACUGGCUGGGGCGUGUUUUGCUCCCUGCGUCACAGGUCGGGACGCUCCGGACAGCGCACAAUCUUCUUGAACCUGAACACAACCCGCUGCAAUCUCCAUUACGGAACGACUACUCGCGCGGCCGACGUGGGCGCCCCCAUGGUCGCGCCACAGGAGGCCAGUCAGCCUCAUCGAAUGAGGCCCAGGAGGGCGGCUCCUGCGUCGCAGCAGGCGCAGCAGCGCCAGGAGCUGUCCCAAGUGAUAGCAUUCCUCACUCGGGCCCAACGCAAGCCGCGUGCCCUGAGGGACCUGGGCACCAUGAGGGCAUGGGCCUAGAAGGGGAGAAUAAUGUGGCAGGGCCACAGUGGGAGAAUGAUCACUUGCCAUCAGCUCAAGCAACUCAUCUUACCAUCGUGUCCUCUACCGCCUUUCUACACUUUCAGACGGUUCCCCAUGUCUCUCACAUUCAAAGAGAAGCAGCAGAAACAUGA